AUUUGGGUCACGUUUUAUAGUUGGCGAAAAACAAAGUUGUGCUCAUUAUAUUCCUUCUGAAUGAACUUGUUCUCUACAAUCGCUUGGAAACGGACGAAAGUUUUGUAUUUGUUUAAUAGAUCAGAGACCAUCAUACCUACUGAACUGUUUGUUAGUGUUUCCCUAGCAUGGCACGUAUGGAAAUGAAUAUUACGGGGAUUUCUGCAACAAUAAUGACUGACACACCUCCUCUCGUGUCGUCUGAGUUUGACAUAACGUCGUCAGGUCUCUCGACAUUUGGCGCGAACAUGAGCGAAAAUUUGACUGCUACCAACUCCACCGACGCAGUGUUGCCAGCCGUGUGGUCAUGGAUACCUUUCACUUGGCAUUGGUGGGAGGUCAUCCAGUUGAUCCUAGCCAUCGCUGGCAUCAUCGGAAACUCCCUGGUGAUGUUGGUACUCUUCCGUGUAAAGAGAAAGCUCUGCUCCACCGAUACCCUGAUCGCUGGGUUGGCUCUGGCCGACUUCUUGACGUCGGUGUUCAUCAUUCCUCACGCUCAAGUGAAGACGCUUCCAGACACCAUAGCAGCGCAGCUCUACUGUCGGAUUAUUCAUUCCAGUUCCCUCAUGUGGACAUCCAUCUGUGCGUCCAUCUUUACCCUCACCACCAUCUCAAUCGAAAGGCUCAUGGCUGUGAGGUAUCCUUUCCAAUUCCAGCAUUUCUUUACCUCCAGAUCAACCUCCCUCGUAAUCGGUGGCAUUUGGCUAAUUUCCUUGGUCAUCAACACCGUCAGUUUCUACGUCCACUACAUCGUCGAUGGAGAAUGUGCUUUUGGCUUCUCGACGCCAUCUUUCCAGAAGUUCAUCGGAGUCUUCUACUUCAUCGCAGAGUACUUGGUACCCGUAUCAGUCAUGAUCCUAGCCCACGUCUUCACCAUUCGAACCCUUCGUGAGCGCGCCCAGGUGAAGCCUUACUCCGCCGAAAACCAGAGCCAGCGCCCGAAUAAACAUUUCCUGCGAGCCCGACGUCGCGUCAUCGAAAUGCUCUUCAUCGUUGUCGUCAUUUUCAUCAUCUGCUGGACGCCUGAUCAGUUUGGCUUCCUCGCUUUCACCGUCGGUAUCAUCGACUUCUCGCACUUCAACAGCCCCGUCUACCGCUCCUUCGUAGUCCUUGCUUUCGUCAACUCCUGUGCGAACCCUAUCAUCUACGCCGCCAGGAACCCGAACUUCAGACAGGCUCUCAAAGAACUCUUUAGGAACGUACCGUCUAUCAGACUUCAAUCUGUCUUUGCAGCCAUAGAUGAGACUAGCAACGUCUCUACUGAUACAAGUGCGAGUAAACUAUACUCUGUUGAUAAAGUAGUCGUGUAAUUAUGUUUUCGUUGGCUUCUCUUUAAAGGUACUAUGUCCCAUUUGCAGGCCAAAAAAU